UUUUUAGUUCCUGUGUAAUUAGUUAAUACUGAUAGAUAAAUGGAGAGUAACUAUUUUGCAACAGAGUCUCAAGAAAUAAAAAACAGUAAUAAUGACAUGCAAAGUUUGAGUGAAGAUGAAGACCAACCAAGUGUUACAGCUCCUUUUGGAAACUGUGCAGAGAAAAUUAUUUUUGUUAUUGACAGCAGCUUUCGAAAGAGAAUAUCAAGCUAUCAGCAAACGUCACUGAUAAAAAAUAACUGGGAUUUAAUUAAACGAGCCAUCACAAUGUAUAUCUUAACUAAAGCAUCACUUAACUCAAAGCACCAGUUUGGAAUUUCAUUCUUGCAAGAAGAAGAUGUUGUUUGGUUUCAAGAAAUGACUUCAAACACAAAAUUACUUUUGGAUUGUUUUAAUAACGUUCAAUGUUUAAAUGAUGAUUUUGACUUUCCAAGUAAAUGCUCGUUAGGAUCUGUUUUCAAAGAAAUUUUUAAUAACAAAAUUGUUAAAUCAUAUAAAGAAGGCAUUGAUAAUUACGUUAUUCGUGUAAUAUUUUUAUAUGGAAGAAAUUGCCCGAUAAUGUUAUCACGAGCAGAGAUGAUGGAGUAUAAAGAAAUCACUUCGCGUUUAUCUUUCUUUUUUGAUGUUUUUUGCAUGCUUUGCGAUGAAGAAUCUAUAUCUGUAUUUAAAGAUAACAUCACAAAUUUAUCUCGACUUGAUGGAAAUAACUACGUAGUCAUGGCAUUUAAAAAUCCUGCUCAUGUAUUUGAAAGCAUUGCCUCCUUAUUAGCUCAUCCAUUGCAGAGAUGUCCACAGAAAUAUUGUCACUAUGCUCUCGAUUCUUAACGUCUUCGAAGUCUACGAAGAAUGACAUGCUUCAAUAAAACCCUUUCUUUAGCUUUUUUCGAUUUUUGCAUCAAAACGUUAAACGUUAACAAACGUUAGUACAAAACAUUAAACAUUAAUAAACGUUAGUACAUUGAAAAAAUGUUAGCAGUUUAAGCAAUUUUUAGCUAAAUCCAACGGAAAUUACAUCGAUUCUUAUAUUUGUGGUAAUGAUAGUAAAAAUAUUCGUGACGUAUUGUAUAUUUUUCAUGGUCUUUAAAAACUUAUAAAUAA